UAUUUAAAUUGUGCCCUGGUUCAUUGCACCAAAACAACUCAUCCUACAUUCAUCUUGGCGAGCGAGCAAGAGACCUAGAGUUACCGGUAGAUCAAGAAGAGUUUGUGCAUUUAAGGAGCAAGAGAACUAUGGCGGACCAGCAACAGCCACAACAGGAGGAGAUGAACAUUGUCCGUGUUGGUGGCCUCGACCUACUUCCAGGGUUCCGCUUCCAUCCGAAUGACUUUGAGAUUGUCAAUGACUACCUCAUGAAAAAGGUGCACAACAGGGACUUCAUCUGUGCCAUCGGGGAGGUUGACUUAAAUAAGACCGAACCAUGGGAUCUCCCAAGGGAGGCAAAAAUGAAUGAGAAAGAGUGGUACUUCUUCUCAAAGAAGGACCGCAAGUACCCAACGGGGCUAAGGGCAAACAGGGCCACAGAAGCUGGUUAUUGGAAGGCGACCGGCAAGGACAAGGAGGUAUACAAGCCUAGCAAAGGGGAAGGUGUGGUGCUACUCAUCGGCAUGAAGAAAACACUUGUCUUCUAUGAAGGCAGGGCUCCGAGGGGCAACAAAACAAACUGGGUGAUGCACGAGUAUAGGCUCGAAGGCAAUAGCAGGGUCCCUAGCCCCACAUCUGCAUCCAGCUCAACGACCAAUGCCACCAUAGCCAUAAAAGGGUCAGCUUUUGUUUCCAAGGAUGAGUGGGUGAUCUGUCGUGUGUUCCACAAGACCACUGGAAUCAGGAAGACAACAAUACCGGCAUACCAAGUGGCCAUGCCCGAUGCUGAGAUUGAUCAGAAUCAGAACAAUACCUUGGCCAUUCCCGUCCCUAUGCAGCUGCAACUACCACAGUCCAUGCCCAUGCCAAUGCAAUGUCCCAUCCUGCCAGACUUCUCCAUGGACCCAGUACCCCCCUACUACCCUAACUCCAACACUGGCAUAGGGAUGCCACUAGUGAUGCCACCUAUGGCCGGUAUCGGUGGCACUGGUGGGCUCCAGAUCAAUGGUUCCCUAUUCAACAAUCCGAUGGUUGUGCCACCAUCAAUGAACUUCUACCACCAGAUGGGCAUGGGGUCAUCCGCUGGGCAAAUGGGAACAGGGGAACCAAUAGGCCAGAUGGACAUGGGGGCACUAGUAGGCCAGAUGGGCAUUGGACCUGUUGCCCAGAUGGACAUGGGAGCAGCUAGCGCUAGCGGCUUCAAUGUUGCUAUGUCGGAGAGUAGACCAUCCUCGAUGGUGUUGCAGAAGGAUGAGCAGGCUAAUGCUGCUGAGAUCACAUCGAUGAUGUCCGUGAGUGGCCCAGGGUCCGCGACCACCACCAUAGAGAUAGAUGGCAUAUGGAAGUACAAGUACUGAAGAAGUAAACAUGGAGAGUCAAGAGUGUAGGUGAAGAGAUGAGUUUGCAUAAAUAUGGAUGUUAUAUCUAUAUUUCCAUUGCGUUUUGUGAAAUAAGGCAUGGUUUAUAUAUUUAUGUAAUAACUAGUUGAUAAGCUAUGUGUGUAUGCAUGUACUAGUAUAUGCACCAUAUCAUUGUUGCAUGUGUGGUAUUUGUGUGUCAUUUGGUCUUAGUACUCUGGGGCAUGAUAGUAUGCAUACCUGGAUAUAUGAUAUUUUCUUGGUUGCACUACUGAUUGUAUUGUAAGAAGCAGAUUGUUGUUUGGUA